CACUUCCUGCGAAUAAUCGCAUUUCGUAAGUGAUGUUGUUGUCUGUCACAUGUAAACUGCGACGUCAACAGUCUUGUUUUGCUCAACUCCCUAGGACGUUCGACAUUAUUAAGUCGGCUUGAUUUUCUCGCUGUAGUAGCAGAAUGCAUAAAUGAAACUGUUUUCUGAUAGAUUCUAGUAAAAUCGUGCCAUUUGAAGUUCCUAUAGUCUUUCGAAUGUCAGAUGAAGAAGGAGAUGCUUUGUCAGUGAUGUUGCAUGGGAACAAAAGAUUGGAGAAAAACAAUGAAAAUGUUACGUGCAAUGGGAAUAGAAAAUAUGGAGAUGAGUGGGACGAAGUAUUUCAACUCGCUGAAAGUGGGCUCUCUAGCCUCCAAACACAUGCAGUUUCCAUGCGUCUUCAAGGAUCAAGGAUAAGAAGUGUGUAUUGGCGGCUUCUUCUAGGGUCUCUACCAACAUCUCCUUCACUCUGGAUCUCAAUAUUACGUCAGCAGAGAAAUUCGUACAGACUUCUUCAUCAAAGGUUAACAGUGGACCCUCAUCAAGCCAAUAUUGAAGACAAUCCACUGUCUCAGAGUACCUCUAGUAUAUGGCACCAAUAUUUCUGUGACAAGGAGCUGCGGGGUCUUAUCAGACAAGAUGUUAUACGCACUUUUCCAAAUGUGGUCUUCUUUCGGUCAGAAAGUAUACAGUCAACCAUGGUCAAUAUACUAUUUUGCUAUGCCCGAGAGCAUCCAGAAAUUUGUUAUCGUCAAGGAAUGCAUGAAGUUUUAGCACCUUUACUCUAUGUAACACAAGAGGAUCAGAAGUCUCUCUUACGUGCCCGUGAAUUAUCCUCAGUAAGUGACCGUGCAGCAGAAAUCCUGGAUCCAGCUUGGUUAGAGGAAGAUGUUUACUGGUUGUUUUGCAAGGUAAUGUCCCACCUUGCUGGAAGUUAUAGGGUGCGUAAUAUGACCCCUCUUUCAAAUGGUCAAUUCCCCAAUUCCUCUGUGAUAUUUAACAGUGAAUCAAUUAAUGUAUCCGAGACAGAAUUGACAAGAAGAUUAGUCCAUAUAAGGGAUGAUUUGCUCUCUGAAUUUGAUAAAGAACUAUAUCUUCAUUUAAAAAACCUUGACAUACCGUUUCAAGCUUUCGGCAUACGUUGGUUACGACUUCUAUUUGGCCAGGAGUUUGCUCUUCCGGACCUUUUGUAUUUAUGGGAUUCUGUGUUUUCGGAAGGGGAUGGUCUUGUGAAUUACAUAGUAGUAUCGAUGCUGUCGGCUAUCAGGGAACAAUUACUUGAAGAAGAUGACACUGAUUGUUUGAUGUUGCUCAUGAGAUACCCACCUGGAGUAGAUGUCAAGGUUGUGGUUGAGAAUGCUCUUCAAAUGUGGAAGCCUGGGAAAUAUUCUUCAUGCAAGGACAAUCCAGGCAAGAAAGAACAAGUAGAAAAUUUUAACAUUCAAAGACAGAAUGCUAUCCCAGUAAAAACAAUCUCUGGCCGAUUCAAGAAGUUAAGCUUGUGGUCUCAAAAGAAAGAAUUGCAGUCUUCAUCAUCUCAAUUCUACGCACCUGUCACAUAUAAUAAAGUUACUGUGUCUCAGAAACCUCCAUCUCGUCCAGAAAAGAUUGAGGGAAUUCAAUCUAUUGUGGAGGGCUUUACUUUAAAUGAUCCAAUGGUAACCAGGGCAGAAGUUUGCCACCUUCAUAAUCUCAUAUUUUAUGUUCAUACUCAUUUGGAACGUCAUCAUGCCACACUUGAACAUACUGUACCACCAAAUAUGCCUCCUGCUGGGAGAGCAGCUUUAGAUGGUAUAAAACAGCUGUGCUCACAGUUAGGGCGAUCAUUGCCUGCAAAACCAAAGCCUCCAGAAGUGGAGGCAGCAUUUGAAGCACAGCCGGCCCCAAGAAUGACUUCGUCAUCAGAGAAUAGGAAUCCCUCAAGUGAAAUGCUAAUACAUUCAGAAUGCCCUUUGGAGGAAAUUAAAGUGUAUGAUGGUCAGUUAUUAACAUCAUAUAUACCAUUAGACAAUCCUCUACAAGCUUUAUGCCUCCACUUCUCAGAAAAGGAUGUAUCUCUUCAUAUCUCUUAUCGCAGGGUUUUAGGGGCUUGACUGAUCUAGUCAUGUUUAUUUUAUGGCUAAUUUUUCUUUGCAAACCUUUGCAUACCUGACACUCUGGAAAUUAUAUGUUUAUUAAUUUAAGAAUGUAAAAGGAAUACCUUUUACAAGGAGUAAACAUCAUCCAUAUUUUUAUUUUUUUUUAAAUACAGUACUUGAGUUUUAGUUACUGUCAAUGUGCUAGUCUGUGUUUGUAGUAGCCUAUCUAUCGUUUUUAUUGAUUCUAAUGGAUUUUUUAAAAUGUUGUUCAGAAAUUUAUAAAGAAUUAUUAUCACAUGUUGAUCUGGUUCUAAACCUUGUGAUGGAGUGGUUGACUGUUUUCAGUUCUCUAAAGACUGUUACUGUGAGAGCUUCUGUUCAUAGCAAAGCAAUGAAUAUUGGCUGAUUUAAUAAGCUAUAAAAUAGUUCUAUUUUCUAUGGAAAGUUCAGUUUUGAACUGCUCAGUAAUUAUUUCUUUAUCUACAUUGAGAAUUCUAUAAAUGUAUUAUAUAGUUAGCCUGUCAAAAGAAUACUACUGUAACAAGUGGUGGAGAGGGCAACAGCACUUCUUUGGUCAUUACGACUAAACUAGGUAUGUGAUAUUGAACUGAAAUGGCAUUUUUGGGAUUUUAACAGUAUGUAAAGAGUUGCUCACUUCUUACUCAGUAAGGUUUUCAUCAAUAUACAAUGAGUAUUGUUUCUCUGAUUUCAUUGGAAAGUAAAUUGGUUUUAAUCGAUGUGGGUAAAGUAUGCAAUAACUCUGAAGUCUAUAUUGAUCAUGUAUUAUUAUAUGUAGGGUGCUCAGAGAUCAAAAUAGUUACCAUUCUUUUUGUAAUCUUGGUCUCUGAUCAAAAUUUUUAUUAUAAUUUUAUCUGUAUGCUUUUAUUAUUUUUGUGGAAGUGUAUUCCACUUUCUUCGAAGUAAACUUGUGAAGACAUUCCUCAUUAGUCAUCCAAGUGCGCCAUUGUGCCAUCAUUUUGUUGCACGGUCAGCCUAGUGCUGCUACUCAAAGACUGAAAGAAUGUUUGAGUAUUUUUUUCAUUCAUCUAGUUUCACAAAAGUUUCUUGGUAUUUUUGUCAUGUUUCCUUGUGAUUUGAGCUGAGCUUCUUCUCAUGAUUCAUUGUUUUGUACUCAUAUGUUGAGUUUGAGUGAUAUAAACUGAAGUUAUCAGAAAA